AUCUCAUUCUCACUCACACUACUUGCUAGUCUUGUCUUAAUAAAGGAAUCCAACGGCUGUAAAUCAUUCAGGUUUACAGAACCAAGUCUAUUCCAUGUUCCACCAGAUAACUACUUCCCUACCGAACCAAACUACCUCUCUUUUCACUCGACACGAGCCCUCGAACAUCUCUCCUAUUCUUCUCUCGCCACAUUCACGACUUCGUAUCCGGAAACUGCUUUCUGGCUCGCCGAGAAACCGAUCAUCGAUCGCCGGGAAAAUAUCUCCGGCGGUCGUAAUGGCGGAGGCAGUGGUGGUUUUUGACUUUGACCGGACAAUAAUCGAUGGGGAUAGUGAUCGCUGGGUUGUCACACAAAUGGGUCUGACCCAGCUGUUCGAAGAGCUUCGCCCUACUUUGUCUUGGAACUCGUUGAUGGACAGGAUGAUGUUGGAGCUUCAUUCACAAGGAAAGACUCCCUCAGAUAUUGCUGAGUGCCUGCACAAAGCUCCAAUACAUCCACGUAUUGUUGCAGCCAUCAAGUCUGCCCAUACUCUUGGAUGUGACCUGAGGAUAAUCAGUGAUGCAAAUCAGUUCUUUAUUGAGAAGAUAUUGGAACAUCAUGAUUUAUUGGGAUGCUUUUCACAAAUCGACACAAACCGGACAGUUAUAGAUGAAGAGAAAAGACUUAGAAUUUUCCCUUAUCACGACUUGAGCUCACCCCAUGAUUGCAAUCUGUGCCCAUUAAAUAUGUGCAAGGGCCUGGUCAUUGACCAAAUCCGAGCUAUUGCAGCUGAAAGUGGGAGAAGAAGAUUUAUUUACCUUGGAGAUGGAAGUGGAGAUUACUGCCCAACUCUAAGGCUUUCAAAAGGAGAUCAUGUCAUGCCAAGAAAGAACUAUCCACUGUCGAAGCGCAUUUGCAGCAACCAAACACUUAUCAAGGCUGAAAUUCAUGAAUGGAGCAAUGGAGAGGAGCUUGAAAAGAUCCUUCUUCAUCUCAUUAACACAAGAACCACUGAAGAAAUAACUAUUGACAAUGGAAAUCACUUGGGACGCUGAGUCUUGGAAAAUCAUCUCUUAAUGGGUUUUUUCUUUAUUCUAUGACUUGUGAUUCAUCUGCUGAGUCAGGUAGGUUUUCUUGAAUUAGGAACUACUUUUUUCUAUUUCAGAUUACUCAACCAAACAUUUGCCUAACUGGUAAGUAGCUUCUGCGCUAGGAUGGAAACCGACUGGCUAUGUUAGGCAUGUACUUGGAGAAAUCCACAUGAUUUGGUAUCUGACCCUCCAGCUUAGGAACUAUUAGCUAAAUGUUGUUGUAUUAAUUGCUUGUUGUUAUUCCAUUAUUUGUUUAUGAGGAAAUAACACAAAUAUCUCUUAGGCCAUUUCAUAGAAUAAAAGAGCACCCUUCCUUGGGUUAAUCACAGUUAAUCACAGUAAAUGUACUAGUCACAGUGAAUGUUCUAUUUCAGAAUUAUUGAGUUCUGAGCUCUAUA